AUGGAAAAAUUUAUUGAAAAUUUUACAAAAGCAUAAAUAUUGCCAUCUUUAAGUGAUUUUGUUAGAAUUCCAAACUUAAGUCCUUAAUUUGAUCCAGAAUGGGAUAAAAAUGGUCUUCUUGACAAAGCUUGUGAUCACAUAGUAUCUUGGAUUGAAGUAUAAAAAAUUAAAGAUAUAUAGUAAUAAAACAUUAAAAAUUGUAAAGUAGAAGUAUUGUAAAUAAAAGGUGCUCCAAGAGCUAUUCAUGUGAAUAUUUAAAGUUUAAAUCCGACUGUUGUGUUUUAUUAUGGACAUUAUGAUAAGUAGCCUCACUUUCCCGGAUGGAGAGAUGGAUUUGGUCCGACUACACCUGUAAUAGAAGAUAAUAGAAUGUAUGGAAGAGGAGUUGCAGAUGAUGGUUAUGCUCCAUAUGCAGCAAUUGGUGCUUUAUAAACUUUAUUAUCUCAAGGUUUAGAAUAUCCUACUAUUGAAAUGUUAUUUGAAGGAGAAGAAGAAAGUGGUAGCAAUUUUUUAAUGCAAUAUUAUGAUAUUCUUAAUUUAAAGAGAGUUGAUAUUAUGGUAGCUUUAGAUUCAGGAAGUGGAGAUUAUGAAAGGUUAUGGUUAACUAGUUCACUUAGAGGUUCUAUGAAAAUAGAUUUAAAUGUAAAAGUAUUGGAAUAUCCUAUUGAUGCUGAUGAAGCAGGAGUAGUACCAUAACCAUUGAAUAUUAUGAGGAUUUUACUUAAUAGAUUAGAAGAUCCAAAUACUGGUUUAGUUCAUAAAUCAUUGCAUACAAUUAUUCCACCAGAUCGUUAUGAGGAAUGUUUACAAUCUGCAGACUUAGUUAAAAUUGAGUUUGCUAGAUAAUCUGAAAAAAUGGAAUCUUGCAAUGUACAAUAAUAUAUUAAUCGAAAUUGGAAACCUGCUGUGUCUUAUAUAGGGUAGGAUGGAUUUCCUUUAUUAUAAUAAAAUAUUGAUUAAAUAGUUCCUGAAUUAACAAUAAGACUGUCUAUUAGAUUACCACCAAAUAAAUGUGCAAAAGAAGCUGCUAAUUUUGUUAAAUAAUUACUUGAAAAAGAUCCACCAUUUAAUGCAAAUGUGAAAGCGAAUAUAAUUGCUGCAGGAACAGGACUUAACAUAAAAUCUUUCAGUCCUAAAUUAAAAGAGAUUCUGAAUUCAGCAUCUAAGAUUUUUUUCAAAGGGAAUGAAUCUAGAGUUUUUCAUGAAGGUGCAUCAAUUCCAUUUUUGAAUUAAUUAAAUGAAAGAUCUCCUUAAGCUGAAUUCCUUGUUUUAGGAGUUCUUGGGCCUGAUUCUAAUGCCCAUGGAGCUAAUGAAAUGUUAGAUUUGAAUUAUAUGAAAGGAUUAAUAGGUUGUUUGGCAUAUACGAUGAAUUAAUUUAUUAAAUCAUGA